AUGAUUGACUAUUUGAUCAGAAAUUACGAUACCGAACAAAAGUUGAUUCCUAGUGAUGAAGACGAAAGAGAAUUGGUCAGCUACUACUUGCAAUUUGCCGAAGGUAGUCUUCAACCAUACUUGGUGUCAUUGUUGGUCAACAACAUGGCCAAGAAAAAGGCACCAUUUGGGGCCGGAUUUUUGGUUAACAAGGUGGUCCUGCAACUCAAUAAUUUAUAUUACGGGCCAGAGUUAAUUAAGUCCCUUGACUUUUUGGAAAAUAACUUGAAAAAGAACAACGGUAAGUACUUUGUAGGCGACAAAUUGACCGGUGCUGAUAUUAUUUUGAGUUUCCCUAUAUAUGAUAACGUAUUCGGCGACCUCGAAAGAACAAGGGCGAUGACUGGUGGUAAGUUUGAUGUUGUUACCAAAUAUCCUACCAUGAAGGCCUGGUCUGACAUGAUUAAGAAGGAACCUAACUUGAUCAAGGCUAACGAACUUAUCGACGCCAAGGUUGGUACAUCGAAGUUGUAA